CUCGCCCGCCGCUGCUCUCACGCCGUACGCUCCUGCACGCUGUGUCCCAGAAAUGCUCUGGUGGCGUUGCGAGUGACUUGCAGCGAGCAGUGAACUAAGAUUUUUGAUUCAAAAGACGCGUGUAGCACGCGUUCUAUUGGCCUGUCACCCACGGUACCCUCUGUCAACCUGACCUUGCAAGUCACUGGGUGAAGGCAGGGGGUCAGACAGCAGCCUUUCGUGCAAGACAGUGUGCGUUCGCAAAUUCGCACCUACCUUGAUUGAGGCACAUAAAAGGGUGAGCGACGCCAAUUCUCACGACCCAGAGCAUUCCUUGGCGCACGCUGCACUUGACAUCCAGUCACUUCGAUCUCAAGCUGGCGAAUUCACACGGCACAAUCAGCAACACGUGAUCCGGCGAGGUGCCGAGCGCGUUCUGCCGUUAUCUUUGACUAAACUUCAGGGCGCGACCUGACUGUCAACAUCAACCUUCGUGCAAGGCGCCACACGCGACGCCAUCAGCACAACAUCAUGGAUCCGGAUCCGUGGAAGUGGACGUCCACUGCGGUGGCAGACUUCUUCCGCAACCACGCAACAACACUCAUCACCGACAUGCCCAAUGCGCGACUACCAGACCUGGACUCGUUUGCUCAGAAGCUCGAAGAGAAUGACGUCUGCGGAGCGGUACUGUUCGAUGGAGUCGAUUUGGGCUUUCUUCGUGAGGACUGUGGCAUCCGGUCCCUUGGCCAACGCAGUGCAAUAGUACACUGCAUCCGCAAGCUCAAAACAUGGUCAAGAUCAUAUCCUAAAGGAGACGAAGCGCCUGUUCCACAAACGCCUGUGUCUGUGGCUGCCACGCCGGUAGCAAUUCCUGGCAUUGAGCAAGAGCCAGCAUCUCCGGUCCCCAUUUUCGACAGCGCGAACGCCAAACGCGCCGGCGAAAAUAGCGAAGAAGCUGGUAGUGCUCGCAAGAAACGAAGACUCGAGCUCCCUCAGCCCUCGAUUGCCUUAACGGCGCCAAGAGACUCAGCACUGCAUAACCCUGCAGCCUUCCUCGGCAACGAGAAGCUCCCGGUGGACAAUAUAUUCUUCGGCAGCACGCAGAUGGGACAAGAAAUAAGCUACGGAGAUACACCAAAUGCUAUGAUGGUCAAUCCCCCUACACGGGAAGCAUCGCCCCACGCAUUGUCAACGAGCGCAAUUCUCUCAGAAGACGACGACCUGCCGAUAGCCGAACAAUGCUUUCAAUUCCAAGCUCCUACAAAACCUCCCGGACUAUCAGCGUAUGUCAACAAGCAGAUCCGGCAUUUUCUCAAUCUUGACAUUGCCGAAUCGCAAAUCGGUUCUGUCAAGAAGACUAUACGCCACGGGCGGGACGCGAUUGCCAUUGAUCCAUACCCAGAGCGAAUGCUCACAGGCACUACGUCCCGGUCAGCUCUGGUUGUCCAGAUGGCCGAACAUGGGAGGUAUGUUGCGAAGCGGGAGAAUGCUGCCUUUGUCGAUUCGGGCAUCGAGUACAACGAGAUCUCGGUUCAGGGAUUGCCAGAGGCCUCGAACUCUGGUGAAUGGGACUUCCUCGUAGCAAAGCACAAGUCAACAGCUGAUGAGAAGGUACUGCCGGCCUACAUGGACUCUGAUUCAGAGGGCUCACUUCGCUCACUCCAAGAUGAGAUGGAGGAGGAGGAGGAGGUAGAAGAGGACGAGCUUCAGCAGACCAAGCCUGUCGGGUCCCGACUAGACGCGAUGAUCGACAAAGCCUUGCGCGAUAUUGCGGAUGCCUGGAAGGAUAAAAUUCUACCUCGAAUGGAAGAGAAGAAAGCGUGGACUGUCUGGAAGCGAACGCGUCAAAGUCGGACUAUUCGAGACAACUUGAUCAAUGGCUCCCUCGACUUAAUUCACAACCUUGAGCAGAGAGUCCAGAAGUUCAAGACUGAAAUGCAUCAUGGCGAAUGGCGAGAUGAGAAAGAGGUCGCUGAGCAAUGCAAGAUCAUGGAGGCUACUGUCGAGGACAUCGAAGAGCAGCGCUGGAAGAUUGAUGUCUGGCAGAGGAAGAAGGAACCUCAUCACAUCGCUAGACGAGGAGCUCGCCUCGAUUCUGGCCACACUUUUGCAGGUACCAGCACACAGCGCCAAAUUCCCAACGUUCAUGCAAACGACCGCUUCAGUGUGGAGCGCGACGACACCAUUUACGACGCCGUCAACGAUGACGACGACGACUUCCAUUCUGCGCACGGCGAUUUGGACACCACUGAGCCUAUUAUCGAGGGCCAGGAGGAAGACCAAGAUGCGUCAGACGAAUACUCUGUGCAUGACGACAUGGACUUCAUCAACGAUGCAGAAUCACCGGAUGGAGAGGCUGGUGACUUGCUGGCCGAUUCACAUCAAACGCCGAACUGCGACCAGGACGUUGUGCCUGCACACCCGAGCUCGGAGCAUUCAGACUUUGGUCAAGACUUGUCUUCGCCAAGCAUCAAGCCGGAAAAGCGUCAGACUCAACGCAAUGACGCUCAGACUAUGGACAACGACAGAGGCACUGAGUCAGACUACCUGACCAGUCCCAGUGGAAUGUUCAAGAAGCCUGCGAGGAAGCAUAUGAACACCCCGAUCAAGUCACAGAAGAAGAACACUGAGCCAAUUGAGAUAUCUUCAGAUUCCACUCCUGUGAAAGCAAAGCCUCCUAAGAAGAAGAGAAAGAAGAUAGCAUACAGCGCUACUCCCGAAAAUGACAGUGCACAGGAGGUGGCAUCGUGGAAUCUGGACGACCUCGUGAGCGCAAGCGACAGAAAGCGUAUCAUGAUCAGACUCCUCUACGAAAUGGGCCCCGAGAAACGAGCAGCGAUACAACGCAAGAUCAAAGCUCUGCGCAAGUCUCCCUUCAUCGACAAGUUGCGAGAUGUGCUUGCAGUACUUUCCCGAGACUACUCGGGCAGCAAUCAAGACAUCGAUGUGGUAGUUGCAGGCAAACUUUUCCUGGCAUAUACAUAUUGCAAGCCGGAAUGUCUUUUAGAUGACAGCUUUGCAGACAUCCCCUGGUCUUCUGUCUCGACCGAUCGCCUGGCACUCACCACAUUCUGCGGCCUGCUAGAAUUGUUUCUGGAGAAGUCAAAUCUUUGGAGGGCGCCUGCGAAGCCCACUUCCGGACGACAGGGCGAGGUUAUUGACCUCGUCGGCUCAUCCGAAGAGGACGACACACAACUUGCUGGAACCCCGAAGAAGAGGAAGGCCAAGAAGGUCAAGCUCGACAUCAAUGCUGAGCAGUCGCAGGCUGCAGCCUAUUUACGCCAGCAACGCUUCAAGGAAAUGAAGAGUGCUGGGUCCAACUCUCAGGAGCUUCAAGCUAUGAUACAGUCCGACCCCAGCAGAUCUACGGUGGCGAUAAACCCUCUCGCUUCUAAGGAGAACGGGGAGGAGUUCAUCUUUAUCGACAAGAGAAUUGCUCGUGAGCUGAAAGAGCACCAAAUCAACGGGAUACAAUUCAUGUGGCGAGAGCUUACGGCUGGUGGUGAUGAAGGCGGUCAGGGAUGCAUCCUGGCCCACACUAUGGGUCUUGGGAAGACCGUUCAGACCAUCGCUACUCUCGUUGCGAUCAACGAAGCGGCGCAGUCGAAUAAUCCUGCCGUAUAUGAGCAGAUCCCCGAGCACCUUCGCCCUGCUGACAUCCAGGAACGACAACUUCGCAUGCUGAUCCUGGUCCCAGCUGCACUGGUGCAAAACUGGCGUAGAGAGGUGUCUCAAUGGGCACCGCACGUGCUCAAGAACACUUUCGCACUCGAGUCGGGCAAGAAGCGCCAUCAUCUUCUCGCAGAGCUCGGAGAUUGGUACAAGGUCGGUGGGAUGCUAUUCAUUACGUAUACCCUUUUCCAGAAGUACGCCAACUGGAAAGACCCCAUUACUGAGGCCCAUAUCCGCGAGAUUGGUCCGCAGCUCGACAAGUACUUGAUCGAAGGGCCCGAAUUAGUUGUCGCUGAUGAGGUUCAUACCCUGAAGAAUGCCAAAGCCAAAGUCACACAGGCUGCAGCGCGCAUUUGCACCGAGAGCAGGAUUGGACUCACUGGUACACCAAUGAGCAACAACGUGGAUGAGAUCUACUCACUGGUCUCCUUUGCUGCGCCCAACUACCUUGGCGAGAAGAUGUGGUUCAAUCAGCAAUAUUCUAAUCCAAUCGCGCAAGGCAAUCGCAAAGACAGCGAGCCGUACGAGGUCCGGAAAAUGCUGAAGAAGCUUGCGGUGCUUCGCAACCAGAUCGAACCCAAGGUGAACCGUGCCGAUAUCUAUGUUCUGCGUGGCUCGCUGAAGCCGAAGACGGAAUUUGUCAUCAUGAUGCCGCUUUCCAACAUACAGCGAGUGGUCUACAACAAGUAUCUUCAAGCAUUGCGGAAGGAUACAAACAAUCUCGACGGUGUGAUUCCUCAAACGAGGAUCUUUGCCUGGCUUGCAGCCCUUACACUGCUCAUGAACCACCCACUUGCAUUCAAGCGCAAGCUCCUGGACCCGCCCAAGGCGAAAUCGAAGACCAAGAAAAGCAAGCGGGAGUCCACGCCGCCUGCUAGCGACAGCGGCUCUGUAGCACCGUCAGCCGAGAACGACGCAGGUGCUGAGGAUUACGGCAGCAUAGAUGAUGCUGUACAGUCACUCUCCUUCUCAGAUAAGGUCAAGAAGGACAUGGUUGCAGACAUCGAUGAUGAAGCCCGUCCUGAGUACUCCAAGAAGAUGGCAAUGUUGCUCAUCAUACUGCGGCUUGCGGAGAAGUGUGGAGACAAGGUCCUCGUCUUUUCAGGAAGUAUUCCGACCCUUGACAUAGUCGAGGAGGUCAUCAAGCAACGUGGCAUAUCUUGCGGCCGAAUCGAUGGCAGCGUGCCGAUACCCAAACGUCAGCCUGCCAUCGAUAAGUUUCAUGCUGGUACGACCAAAGUCAUGUUGAUGUCAACCAGAGCUGGGGUCGGACUGAAUAUCCAAGGCGCCAACCGUGUUGUCAUCCUUGACUUCGGGUUCAAUCCGUCUCAUGAAGAGCAGGCGGUCGGUCGUGCGUAUCGUAUCGGACAGACCAAGCCAGUGUUCGUGUACCGUUUGGUCAUCGGCGGCACAUUUGAGGACAAUAUCUACGACAAGCAGAUGUUCAAGACCUCUUUGACGCAACGCGUCGUGGACAAGAAGAACCCUCGUCGUAUCGCGCUCGGCAGCGCUGGCGAGUGGCUGUACGAGCCACGAGACAUGCCACAGGAGGACGUACGACAGUGGCUCGACAAAGAUGAAGCUGUUCUGCAUAAGGUGCUUAAGAAACAGCUUGCAGAUGAUGACAAAUAUGAGGGACCACAGAUCAAGAAACUCACAACGAUCGAGACCUUGCAGGAAGAUGCAGCCGAUGCACCUUUGGACGAGACGGAGCAACGUGAAGUGGAGGAGGAAUUGGCUAUGCGACGCAACCAGCGCAUCAUGGAGAAGCAAACAGCCAAUGCUGGAGCUGGAGCUACUGGCUUGAGCGCGAGCCAGAUCAACAUGCCUCCGCCUGGCGUUCCGAGAUCGACGGCGCCCGGUACCCGACCUGCUAAGAGCACGGCCCAGCGACGACCGUCUGCGGUGGUUAAGUUCCCUGUGCGUAUGCCACAUGGUCUACCGAACGUGGCUCGUCCGUCCGGUCCGUCUUCUACCAUGCCGAAUGCGUCUGCUGGCCGGGGCGGUUCACACCAGAACCAAGGCAUUAAUGGUGCACGCCCUACCUCCAGCAACCCGCAGUCGAACAUGCAUGGAAUGCCUUGAGUUGGAUGAGCAUGACAUAAGAGAGGAUGAGACGCCGGAGAUAGGAGGAAGGCGGAGAGACAGAUGGACAUCGCUCUAAUGAGUGGAAGGGCGUUGUGAUGCACGAGGAGUGGAGCAAAAGGAAAACAAAGCAUGCAUUGGCGUUUCACAGACUUUCUGUGGGUCUGAUUUAGCGCGCAGAGAUACCCCUGAGCAGCUAUGCUCUCUUGCUAUGACUGUACAAUGAGACAAUGAUCCUUGACACCCGUCUCCUGAUACUCAUGCUUCGCUCUGAUGAUAUAAUAUUGCUUUUUCGUUUCUCUCGUGACCCCUCGACGCAUUCGCCGCUCGCUUUGCUGCAUUGACUGCCUCUGUGCACUUGUCAUCAGCGGAAGCACUCAAAUCAAAAUUCUCAAGUACUCGCGCCUUUGCUUCCAGUUCAUAUCGCCCAUCACUGCUCCUGAGAAAAAAUCCAAUCAAGUGGCCGCUUGAUGUUCUCGAUUUGCGUCAGAGCCGUAUCGAUUCCAGCAUGGACUCCCGUCCACGAAUCUCCGUCGCGAAGCCAAUAGUUGAGGGCAGUGAAGACGACGACAUGGAAGAUACAGAAGCUGAGCCUAGGCGUGCGUUCCCUGAGUCUCGGAUGGCGUGUUGGCUCUCUGCGAAUUUGCAGGCAAAAAAUCCAGUAGUACAACAUUGGGGUGCUCAACUUCCGCAUUAUUCCCAGAGCGAUACGAUCCAUUUUGAUGUGAGAUUCGCUUGAUUCGUUGUUUCUCUGAUGGAUGGUGGUGGAUAGCUGGUUGUGCUUUUGGAUGCUUGGUUGCUUUGUGGUGGGUGGAAGUUCAGAGAUAAGGUAUCAAAACCAGUUGCCUGUGAGGGCGUCGACAACGCCUAACAACGUGCUGUGCCGCACAUGCCAGCUGAAUUGCUCCUCCGCAAGAAGAGUGGCCAUCACGGCUGAGAUGACAGCAAUGACGAUCCACAGAGCCGCGACUGGUUCCACCGGAUUGCAGGAAAAUCCCCGGUGCUCGAAGUCGAUCAUGAUGGAAAUCGCGUUGCUUGCCG